CUCUUCCUAUAUAAAUUUCUUUUUGAAGAAAUAGAGUAUAUGCACAAUUGAGUUAUAUAAUCGUCUAUAAUCAUAUCUGUGUAUCAAUUUUCUUUCACCAUCCUAGCUAGCUUUGCUGUAAACAUCUGAUCUGAGUUCAUAUAUAUGGCGAAUAAACUGAAUAUAAGGGUAGGAGAAGCAACUCUGGUGCCACCAGCAGAAGAAACAAAAAAGGGUAUAUACUUCCUUUCAAACCUUGACCAGAACAUAGCACAUCCAGUUCGAACCGUUUACUUUUAUAAUAAGUCUCCAUGUAGAGGGAACGAGGAAGCAGCACAAGUCAUAAAGGAUGCUUUGUCAAAAGUUCUUGUUCACUAUUACCCUAUGGCUGGAAGAUUGACCAUCAGUUCAGAAGGGAAGCUGAUCAUAGAGUGCACAGGUGAGGGUGUUGUGUUUGUUGAGGCUGAAGAAGCAAACUGUGUGAUAAAGGACUUGGGAGAUUUGGCAAAACAACCCGACCUUCAAACUCUUGGAAAACUGGUUUAUGAUAUCCCUGGUGCAACCAACUUGCUUCAGAUACCUCCUUUGCUAACUCAGGUGACAAAGUUCAAAUGUGGAGGAUUUGUUUUGGGCGUAAACGUGAACCAUUGCAUGUCUGAUGGUAUAUGUGCUAUGCAAUUCGUGAACGCAUGGGGUGAGACAGCCAGAGGCUUGGACUUGAGCAUCUCACCAGUUCUGGACCGAACUAUCCUAAGAGCACGAAACCCUCCUAAAAUAGAGUUUCCACACCACGAAUUCGACGAAAUUGAAGAUGUAUCAAAUGCCACAAAACUCUACGAGGAGGAAGAGAUCCUCUACAAGUCCUUCUGUUUCGACCCAGAUAAGCUUGAGCUGCUUAAGAAAGUAGCCACAGAAGACGGUGUUGUAAAAAAGUGCUCUACUUUUGAAGCACUCACAGCUUUUGUCUGGAGAGCUAGAAGUGAAGCCUUAGGGACGCACUCUAAUCAACAAACAAAGCUACUUUUUGCUGUUGAUGGAAGGUCUAAAUUUGUGCCUCCAAUACCAAAGGGAUACUUUGGCAAUGCCAUUGUGUUUUCAAAUGCUCUAUGCAAGGUAGAGGAAUUAGUGAAUAAUCCCCUUUCAUUUAGUGUGGGAUUGGUUGGGAAGGCAAUUGAUAUGGUCAAAGAUAGUUACAUGAGAUCUGCUAUUGAUUACUUUGAAGUGAAAAGAUCAAGGCCUUCCUUAACAGCAACACUUUUGAUCACAACAUGGACUAGGAUACCUUUCCGAAGUGCAGAUUUCGGAUGGGGGAAGCCCUUCUUUUUUGGGCCUGUAACUUUGCCUGGAAAGGAAGUCAUUUUGUUCUUGUCUCAUAAUGAAGAAAGUAAAAGCAUAAACGUGCUCCUAGGUUUGCCUGCUUCUGCCAUGAAAAGGUUUGAAAGGCUGAUGGAGAUAUGAAUGAUCGAUAUCACGAGUUUUAAUUAAUUCCCUUCAUUAAUAAUGUCGUAAGUAAGCCUGUUUUGCUUCAAACUGUUUUAUUGUACUGUAAUUGAAGAAAGUUUAGGUGGAACUAUUUAUUACACUGGAAGAACAUCACUAUAGUGGGUCAUUUAUAGGUUUUAUUGACCAGAAAGUUUGUUUAUAGGUUAUUAAUUAUUUAUAUGAAGCUAGGUCGUUGGGUCCAUGAUAACAUGGAAAUAAUUUCUAUUAAUGGCAUGUAAUAAAGGAAGAUCCUUCUCUCCCUCGUUUU